GUAAGGGAGAGAGUGUGAGAGAGUGUUCGAGUGUCAGUGUGUGUGGGUUGUUUUCUUGGCCGUGGUCUCUUUCUGUUGCCUCACCGUGACAUGAUUCGCUUGGCACGCCAGAACGACAAAGCGGCUGGUGCAAGGUGCCUGGGUGAUGAGUCCCAAGGGCUAGAGGUCAGUUGUGUGAGGUUCAAUGUCUACUGCUGGUCUGUCUGUCUGCACUGUGCUGUGCCAGAAGGUGCAGCUGCUGUAGCAGCAACAGCAUCAGCAGAAGAAACAGCACCAGCUCAGGCACACUGUGGGAAAGGAAGGAAGGAGGCGUAGGUGGGGGGGAGAGCUAGGCCAGGAUGAUAGCAGAGCACCCUGGCGGCACAUGUCCUCUCUCACCCACUAUCAUGUGAAGCGGCGGAGGAGGAUGCAGAUGCCAUUGAUACCUGGGUUGCAACAGAUAGUGCAAUUCCUUUCACACACGCCAGUACUUUCCUCAGUGUUGCUCUUUACCCUUUUACAGUCUUUUGGGAGUAACGAGGCUCAGAAGAGAGUUCUCCCUUUUUCUGUUUUUUGUGAAGGAUAACUUGGCGUUCCUCUUUCCAUCCUCUCCCACUUCCUUAAGGGUACUUGCUCAAGCCUGGUCCCUCGGAGGCUCAGUGUUUGCAGCAGCAUUUUUUCAAACCAAGCGUAGGAUCGUUUUUUCCCCCUAACUUGCAGGCGAGGAAUGUAGCAUUCUUUUCUUUUCUUUUCUGUAGCAUUCGCAUACACAUUGUGCAAGAAGACCGUAUGGUGAUUCUUGCGUUGUAGCUAGUUCUCUCCCCCGAGGAUACAAUGAGCUGGUCAUCGUCGUGUAUCAUCUUUUUGGGUUGUUCGUGGUCUUCGAGGCUUGUGUGGAGGUUGGCCUUGUUCGCUAACCGUUGGCGAUGUUGAAUGCUGGUUCUGAAGCAUUCACAUGGGGCUCACAUUGCGCCUGAGAAAUGGAAAUGCACUUGAGAAUACGGAGGAAUUAUCCUAAGCCCUGCAGUCGCGAUGGAAACCAAGCUGUGUGACGGUUUUUUAAGCGCUUGUUCGAAAAGCGAAUUUUGCAGCACAAGCAGAUGACUGUGGGGACCAAUGACCAAUGAAAUGAUAUGAAGUCCGGGAAGAUCAAUCUUUUGGCCAUGAAGGGUCGAGGGAUGUUCUGUAACCACCUCUGCGCAUGGCAACCUGUUCGUGUAAUGCAUGGUGAUGGCCAAGUCCGAAGCUUUACUCGGACUGUAACGGUAGGAGAGUUGCUGAAAUGCCACCCUCAUCACUUCGUGUGCGAGCCCACCUCAGACGGGCCUAUUUACCACAGUGGCAUGCUACCCUUCGACAUGGAGCUUGAGGAAGGUAGAGUGUACCUGCUCCUCCCCCUUCCCCGCCUGCUGCCUCACCUUGGCGGCACCUUCUCUAACCCCCCUUCCUGCCCCUGCUUCUCGUACCGAGAGGCCACACUCUCAAGCUCGGGCUCAACUCACAAGUAUGACGACGAUGGUCUUGAUUCCCAAUCUUUCAAUGGAGACCCAUCGAGGCUCAAGUGCUGGAUUGCGAAGAACCAAGGCCAAUUUCUGAUGGCGGCCGACGCUAUGCGGAAGUUUAGACACAGGGUAGCCAAGUCAAAGCUCGUGAAAUCGCUGCUGCGCAUGAGCAAAAGAACGCUCCCACAAAGGCUGCAGUUUCGCUUCCCUUUUCUGAAACGGGAAGAUAAUUCCCUUGUGAAACCGUCAUCGUCGUCUGCUAUAGGGAAGUCGGUGCAGUACUGCUCAAGGAACCGGUGGAGGCCAGGGUUGGAAUGCAUCUCAGAGGUUGAUUUCCUCACCGGCUUGCUUCGAGACUCUAACAUCAAUGAUAGAUAAGCCGACAAGAAAAUCUUCUUGUACGAGUAUGCCCCUCAUCCAUAGAACGAGAAGUUUCGAGUGUUGGUCAUGCAUCUUGUCACGAUCUAUCCUUGCCUUAAAUAAAAGGCUACAAAACAUUGUGAUUUCUGGUAAAAUAGUCCCCAUGUAUCACCUAGCCGUUCCAACUUGCAUUUCUCAAGGGUUCAGGUGAUGAGGGCUCCAUAGCAAGAUGUACACAAACUGUCAAUAAAACAGGUCCAACGCAAUGCUUUGGACUUCAAUUACUCAUUUCA